AGGAAUCGCGCUCAUCACGGCGCAUGUCUGUCUAUAAACUCUUCCAGAAUCGCUCGAGGGGGUCUGAUUCAGUGCGCAACAGUUGGGACAAGACUCUGACGCACUACAGUACCGCGAGGAAGUUUUGAGUGUAGUAAUUAAUGUGCAGGGUCUCACGUGUUUGACCUCUGAGUAUAAUUAUAACUGAUGUUAGCUUUAAAUCAGUACAUGUGCGACAUUGAUCAAUUAAAACAUAUAGCUGUUUUGCAGUAGUGCAGUCUUCGUUUUCGAGGCACCAAGAAAAUCUAAACAAGGCUGUCACGGAGCUCGCCAGGGACAUGGGUCAGCUUUGCGCUGCAACACUCUUACCAUUUGGUGCCAUCUGCGUUGUUUUUAUUUGGGAUUGUGGUGCCAGUUCUUCAAUAAAAACAAGAUUUGCAGUGCUCACUUCAGGGGAAGAGUGUCCGGAAAACAAGGUAGUGACAGUGGAGUACCCCUGUAUUACAGCAAGGGGCACGGAUGGCACCUGUCUCAGGAGGAAAUGCUGUGAGGGCUUCAGGUUCGUGAUGGGCCAGUGCAUACCUGAAAAUGUGGAUGUGUGUUCUGGCUCCCCCUGUGAACAGCAGUGCACCGACAACUUUGGACGGGUUGUCUGCACCUGUUACCCCGGAUACCGCUUUGAUCGAGAGAGGCAUCGCAACCACCAGACCUACUGUUUAGACAUCGAUGAGUGUGUGGAGUCCGACGGCAGUGUCUGUGAUCAUGACUGCGAGAACACCGUGGGCAGCUUCCUGUGUCGCUGUCACAGGGGUUACAUCCUGGCACCGGACAAGCACUCCUGUAUACCCAGUCACAACCUGAGCUCGUCAGGGAAGUCUGACACCCUGAUGAGUGCUGGCUCCUGCUCCCUCACCUGUCAAGACUUUGUCAACAUGAGGAACAGCCUGCUGCAGCUCAAACUGAGGCUGGGCAGCACUCAGUCACCUAACCAGAUGUUGUCUCCUGGCCUGGAUAACAGCAGUGAUAAGCCAUCUGCUGGGAGGUUGGGGAAAGGUCCUGACACCCCCGCCCUCCCUGGUCCUCCUGGCUCUCCAGGAUCCCGUGGGGUCCCAGGCCAAUCAGGAGUGCCGGGGGAGAAGGGAGAACCUGGAGAGAGAGGCCUGACCGGCCCCCAGGGGCCACGGGGAGACAUGGGCCCUAUGGGCCCCGAGCCUGACCUGGAGCACAUCAAGAGGGGUCGCAGAGGAGCUGUGGGACCUCCUGGCGCACCAGGCAGAGAUGGACUGAAGGGUGACAGGGGAACUCCUGGUCCCAGAGGUCUACCAGGACCUCCCGGCUCCUUCGACUUCCUCCUGGUCAUGAUGGCCGACAUUCGCAUUGACAUCAUCGAGCUGCAGGAGAAAGUGUUUGGGAAGAGACGGGGCCUCUCCUUAGACACCCCACCCCACUCCAGCGGAGAGACAGGGUUCGGAGAGUGGGGUUCCGGACAAGGAGAGCUCAUGCUCAAUACCUGAACUCCAUAGCCCUUCCCACAGUAACUGUCACUCAAAACAAUAAGCCAAAGGGAACUAAUUAAUCAACUGGUUCUUGUAAAGCAGAGACAUUGAACUGACUGAACUGACUCCUUUCCUCCAGUGAAACAUUGUCUCUAAAACCCAAAGAGGACUGUAUGAGGGUGAGGAGACCUCUGAUCAGCUCUCUCCUGUCAGAGACAUAGACUAUAAACAAAUGGAGAGAGAGAGAGAGGGAGAGAGAGGGGGGAGAGAGAGAGAGAGAGAGAGAGAGAGAGAGAGAGAGAGAGAGAGAGAGAGAGAGAGAGAGAGAGAGAGAGAGAGGCAAAAAUGGAACCACUGACCCUCCAAACCAAACCACUGCAAGCUUUGCCUUGCCGCCUUGAUGUUUCCUUCGUGCCUGGCCUGGUCUGGUCUGACUGAGAAGAGGGGGUAUGCCUUUGCAUGCGAGGCACAGGGUGGUGAUGGUUGUAGCACUGUGAGACUGUGUCUUUGUGCGCUCUGAUCUGAACGGCUUCAAACACAGCAGGGGCUUUAUCGUCUGCAUCUCUUCCUGUUCCUGUACAGUCCAAGGAGAGGAGACGCCGGUCGGUCGCUGCCUGACACUGCUUACCUGCCCUGCAGGGCCUAGAACCAGACUCAGGCCACAGACUGCACCUGUCCAUGCAACAACCCAACUCAACAGCUUUUAUACUCCUGCCACUACACUACAGACUCUCUGAAGCAUCUUUAGAGAUACAGUACAUAUACUACAUUAGAAAAAGUAUGUGGAUACCUGCUCAUCCAACAUCUCAUUCCAAAAUCAUGGGCAUAUAUAUGGGGUUAGUCCCCCCCUUUACUGUUAUAACAGCCUCCAUUUUUCUGGAAAAGCUUUCCACUACAUGUUGGAACAUUGCUGCGGGAACUUGCAUCCAUUCAGCCACAAGAGCAUUAGUGCGGUCGGGCGAUUAGGCCUGGCUCGCAGUCGGCGUUCCAAUUCAUCUCAAAGAUGUUGAGGGGUCGAGUUUAGGGCUCUGUGCAGGUCGCUUUGUGCACAGGGGCAUUGUCAUGCUGAAAGAGGAAUGGGCCUUUCCUAAACUGUGGCCACAAAGUUGGAAGCACAGCAUUGUCUAGAAUGUCAUUGUCAAAAAUAAUAAUAAUAAUUGUAUGCUGUAGUGUUAAGAUUUCCCUUCACUGGAACUAAGGGGCCUAGCCCGAUCCAUGAAAAACAG